AUGAGCGAUCAAAUCGAAAUAACACCCGAAGAAACUGGUGUAAAUAAACAAGCUUUUACUACUUGCGCAAAAUGUGGACUUAUGAUUGUAGGGCAGUUUGUGCGUGCAUUGUGCGGAACAUACCAUUUAGAGUGCUUUAAAUGUCAGGAUUGCGGGACUGUUGUGGCUUCUAAGUUUUUCCCAAUAGAUGGAGCGGAUGGAAAGCAACACCCUCUAUGUGAACGUGAUUAUUUUCGGCGUCUUAAUCUUAUCUGUGAAAAAUGUGGAGGCGCUCUUAGAGGAUCUUAUAUUACUGCACUUGAAAAAAAAUAUCACAUUGAACAUUUUACAUGCUCUGCAUGUCCAACGGUAUUUGGUCCUCAGGACUCGUAUUAUGAACACGAUGGGCAAGUUUAUUGCCAUUAUCAUUAUUCUACACGGUUCGCGGUAAAAUGUACAGGCUGUAAAACGGCCAUUUUGAAACAAUUUGUGGAGAUUAAUAGAAACAAUAUUGAUGAGCAUUGGCAUCCAGAAUGUUAUAUGAUCCACAAGUUCUGGAACGUUAAGCUGGCAGCACAAAUAGAUGAGGGACCUGGCUCUGAUGACGAGCCUUUACCGGCUGAAGAUAUAACACCUGAAAAGCUAAAACAGCAACAAAAAACUAUUGAAGAAAAAGUUUACAAUAUAUGGACAGUACUUUCUGCAUUCGAAGAAAUGUCUGCUGCAUGUAUCUCUGAUAUGCUUCUUCAUGUGUCAAAUGGAGCUUAUCUUGAAGGCGUAAAAAUGAUAGAGAGAUUUAUCAAUCAUGUUGAUAUCUUAUUUUCUGCAAUAGAUGAUUUAGAAGUUCAAUUAGUGCAAGCAAGUGGUCAGGGCUUACAACAUAACAGGGAAGCCAAAAUGCUUUGCAGGAAAAUAGUCAACUUUUUUUCACUAUUGUCGCAUACUCAGGAGGCAGGUGUUAGAAAAUUAGGUAUCACGCAGGAACUUCUAGCAUUAGUAACAGGCUUGGCGCAUUAUUUGAAAAUUUUGAUUAGGAUCGCACUCACUGGUGCCUUAAAAUUGGAGCGAGAUUUUAAUAAUCCUUUAGCAAUUGGUCAAUUUCUAAAUAAACUUGUCGAGCUCACGAAAAGGGAAGGAAAACAAGUUCUAGAGCCAAAUGUAGACAAUGAAAUCACGUCCGAUCUGUGUCAUGUAUGUCGGAUCACUGUUGAAGAAGAAUGUUACAAAUAUGGACAUUAUCGUUGGCAUAUUGGUUGCUUAAGGUGUUCUGGUUGUUCUCGAGAAUUACGUACCAUAUAUCGGGACGCUACAUUUAAUCAAAUUACUGAAAUGACGUUCUGUCCUGCACAUACAAAUGAACAAGCCACACCUGGAUUUCAAUAUGUUACGCAGUUAGAACAGUACACGUAUUUGUUACGUGUUGAAUUAUCUCGCAUGUAUAAUUUAUUGAAACAUAAAGAUGAACACAGUCUGUCGGAUUACGAAGACAUUCGUAGUGGUCGAAAGACUAACAAAGAAGAAGCCGGCCUUAUUCGUAAAGAUUCACGUUCAAAGUCCUAUUCUAGCGGUGACAAAUCAUAUGUAUCUCUUAAUACAGACAUUAAGCGUAUGAAGUCUGUUUUGGAUCGCAAAGUAUCGACUUCUGAGAGGAUUGCUAAGACAUCCAGAGUAGUAGAACAUGAACAGCCUAAUACUUCACAGACUCAGGAAGAAACCUCUAAGGAUAAAUUGGCUAGAGCACCUUCACAACACCAUGUCAGAAUUAUUGACGAUAAAAUGCCAGAUUCACAAAAUAGUGACGCUCGUUUGAAAUUUGAUCUAGAAAAUGAAGCGAUUACAUUGGCUGAUAUUUCAGCGAUUGCAGCUGCAGAAAUGUCAACAGAAGAGAAAACCAAGAAAAAAUUCAAACGAGUAUCACGUACUAAACUUUAUUUGUCUGAAUUGUCGGGCCUGGAAUAUUUUAUUGUAAGGCAUGUAGCUGUCCUCAUUAUGGAACCAUACGUUAAGGACUAUUUCACCCUGGAAGAAUUGUUAGACUUGAUUGGAUCUAAGAAAGCAACUUUAUGGACGAAAUUUGUACAACAGAUUAGACCUAAAGAGGUGCCUGUAAAGAAGAAAGGCACGUUUGGUGUGCCUCUAGAAGUUCUAGUUGAGAGAUAUGGUGUGGACUCAGUACUUGGAGCAGGGCCUGGUCGAAUAAGAGUCCCUAGUUUUAUAGACGACAGCAUAUCAGCUAUGAAAACAAUGGACAUGUCUGUUGAAGGCAUAUUCCGUAAAAAUGGAAACAUUCGACGUUUAAAGGACCUCAGCGAGGCCAUUGACAGAAAUCCUUCAUCAGUUAACCUCUCUGAAGAUAAUCCUGUUCAAGUUGCUGCGUUAAUGAAAAAGUUUCUUCGUGACUUGCCUGAUCCACUUCUUACUUUCAAGUUGCACAAGCUUUUAAUAGUAUCACAAAGACUUCCAAAUGAGUCAGAUCGGAAGAAAGUUCUUCACUUAACGUGUUGUCUUCUACCUAAGGUUAAUCGUGACACAAUGGAGGUGCUUUUUAUAUUUUUCAAAUGGGUGGCUUCCUUUUCACAUGUAGAUGAAGAAACGGGUAGCAAGAUGGAUUUACAUAACCUUGCAACAGUGAUUACUCCUAACAUAUUAUAUUCUAAGUCAAAGGAUCCUAUCAAAGAUGACUCAUUUUUAGCAAUCGAAGCGGUUCAUAGCUUAUUAAGGUAUCAAGAUGAUUUCUGGGUGGUUCCUGAAGAUUUGGCCGCAGUUUUACGCGAUCAAGAACUAAUCAAUAAUCCUGAGAGGUUAACACCAAAAGACAUUAUGAAACGUUGCGAAAAUCUUGUCAAAUUACAAAAGUCGCAACCUUAUACCAAUAAUUAUGCUAAUAGUAAUAGUGAUGAAAUUUCUAGUGAUGGUGACUAUUCGUUUGUGCAAGUACCAGAUAAUCAUCCUUAUCAAAAACAGGCAGACCAAGGAGGAGAAAGCAAUC